AGUUUUAGCCUGGAUCACUGUGAACUUUCUGACAGGGCAGUUGUAUGGCCAGAACCAGAUGACAGUUGGGACUCUGGACCUGGGAGGAGCCUCAACCCAGAUCACGUUCCUGCCACGGUCUGAGGAAACCUUGGAGCAAACCCCCGUGGAUUUUGUCACCUCAUUUGAAAUGUUCAAUAGCACUUACAAGCUCUACACGCACAGCUAUUUGGGCUUUGGACUGAAAGCUGCCAGACUAGCAACACUUGGAGCCCUGGAAAUGAAAGUGGUGGAUGGACAAAUGUUCCGAAGUUCUUGUUUACCGAAGCAACUGGAGGCAGAGUGGCACUUUGGGGGACUGAGAUAUCAAUAUGGUGGCAACAAAGAAGGGGAAACAGGAUUUGAGCCUUGCUAUUCAGAAGUGGUGAAGGUCGUACAAGGGAAAUUGCACCAGCCAGAUGAGAUUCGCAGACGCUCCUUCUAUGCCUUCUCCUAUUAUUAUGAUCGAGCUGUUGACACCGACCUGAUAGAGUAUGAAAAGGGAGGUGUUCUAGAAGUGAGAGAUUUUGAAAGGAAAGCUAAAGAAGUGUGUAAUAACAUGGACAGGUACACUUCCGCCAGCCCUUUCCUCUGUAUGGAUCUCAGUUACAUCACUGCCUUACUAAAAGAAGGCUUUGGAUUUGGGGAUAACACACUCUUACAGUUAACAAAGAAAGUGAACAACAUAGAGACAAGCUGGGCCUUGGGUGCCACCUUUCACCUGCUGCAGUCUCUGGGGCUCUCCCACUGAGCCAGCACCCCCUACAGAACAUUAGCCUUUCCAGAAGGAAGAGAAGAUCUGAGUGUUACUCCUCAGUACCAAAGAACUGGGAUGGCAUGCACAACUCUCAAGGGAGUAGCCAGUUUCCUGAGAAGGGCCCUCCAUUAGACACCCCUCAGCCCUCCCAAGAGGGAGUUGUUUGGGGAAGAGGAGACAGGCUCGGGCUUACAGAGCCCGUCUUACCCUGAAUUGGCUUCCGUGCUGCAAACCAUAUUCACCUCUGGCACCAGAUCUUGCUCCAGCAGCUGGAGGCUGACAACCUAGAGGGAGAGCACCACAGUGCAGCAAGGUAUAGGGAAAACAGUACAUUUACUGCCUCUUCAACCUUAGGCUAAAAGGACCAUUUCUAUAUGAAAGCACAUAGCAAAGAUGAUUCAGUGGCUGAAACUACUAGUGCCACAGGACAGGAGUUGGUCCUCAAAGGAGAGCAGAACAAACAGAACUUCGGCAAAGAUG